UUAAUCCCUCCACAUCUACUACUAUACUUCUUCACAUUAGAAUAUAUAUAAGGACCACCAUUGCACCACCUAGCUUCUCAUCACGACCAUGAAUCACCAUCGACCCUUUUCAUUAUCAGUAGUACAUUUAUUGAGCAAAGAUGGCAUAUUAGACCCGAAUCUCGCAUAAAUCGUGUGAUCAAGUCAUGUUUAAUUACCAUCCCUUUAUUCACCUUUAGCUAAAAUCUAUAUUCUAUACUCUUACACAAGAAAGAGAGCUAGCUAGCUAGGUGGAUCUUACUACAAAACCAACAUCAGGGAGUUAAGUCCAUAGGAUCGAGUAUCGUGGAUUUAAAGAUCGAUGGAUAUAAAGCAACCAAUGUUUCCAACACCAUACAACACUAUGUAUGGUAGUGCAUCGAGUCACGAAAACAAGAAAGAAAGGUACCGACAUUCGAGAAAAGAGAAAGAAGAAAAGGUACAUGAUGAAGAAGAUCAUCAACAUUUGAAUCUAAGGAGCUUGUCAAAGGUUAUAAUUCCUCCAUUGGGUGCUUCAUCAAAUUAUACAUUACAAAAAAAUAAUGUUCAUACAAGAUCAUCCAACACCAUCAUCUCUCCUAUGGACUCCAAAUAUAGAUGUUGGCAAACAUUAAUGGUGAUAAUGGUAGCAUACACAGCUUGGACGUACCCCUUUGAAGUUGCCUUCCUCAAAUCCUCUACUACACAAAUUACACACAAACAACUCUACAUUGCCGACACCAUCGUUGACCUCUUCUUUGCCGUUGACAUUGUUUUGACUUUCUUUGUUGCUUACGUUGACCCCGUCACUCAUCUCCUUGUUCGGGAUCCCAAAAGCAUUGCCACCAGGUAUUUAUCGACAUGGUUUGUAAUGGAUGUAGCAUCGACAAUACCAUUCGAAUUGCUUUCGUAUUUGCUCACUGGAAAACACCGUAUGGGUUUGCCGUCUACCGUCUUGGGUUUGCUACGAUUUUGGCGUCUCCGUCGAGUUAAGCAGUUUUUCACCAGGCUUGAAAAGGACAUAAGAUUUAACUACUUCUGGGUUAGAUGUGCCCGGCUACUUUGUGUGACGUUGUUUUUGGUGCAUUGUGCUGGUUGUAUCUACUACUUGUUAGCAGUGUUGUAUCCACAUGAAGGAAGGACAUGGAUUGGGUCAAUAAACCCGAAUUUCAGAGAAGCUGAUCUGUAUAUCUUAUACAUAUCUGCGAUAUAUUGGUCUAUAACCACUAUGACCACUGUCGGUUAUGGUGAUCUCCACGCAGAGAAUGCGGCUGAGAUGGUUUUUAUAAUCUUCUAUAUGCUUUUCAAUCUUGGCCUCACUGCUUACAUUAUUGGCAACAUGACGAAUUUAGUAGUGGAAGGCACUCGUCGCACCAUGGAAUUCAGAAAUAGCAUUGAAGCUGCAUCAAGUUUUGUGGGUCGGAAUCGGUUGCCCACUAGGCUUAGAGAACAGAUACUGGCAUACAUGUGCUUAAGGUUCAAGGCAGAGAGUUUGAAUCAACAACAAUUGAUUGAGCAGCUGCCAAAAACAAUAUGCAAAAGCAUUAGACAACAUUUAUUUUUGCCAACAGUUCAAAGAGUUUAUUUGUUUCAAGGCGUCUCCAGGGAAAUUCUCUUGCUUCUGGUAGCAGAUAUGAAAGCCGAAUUCAUACCACCCAGAGAAGAUGUAAUCAUUCAAAAUGAGGCACCUGAUGAUGUGUACAUAAUCGUGUCGGGAGAAGUAGAAAUCAUAGAAUGUGAAGCAAUGGAGAAAGAACAAGUAUUGGGUAUUCUACAUUCAGACGAAAUGUUUGGAGAAGUUGGUGCAUUGUGCUGCAGGCCACAGUCUUACACUUAUCGAACCAAGACCCUGAGCCAGCUCUUGCGGUUCAAAACCACUGCUCUAAUUGAAGCAAUGCAGACCAAACAGCCUGACAACGUGUCCAUCCUAAAGAACUUUCUUCAGCAUCACAAGAAGCUUAAAGAUCUCAACUUAGGAGACUUAUUGUUCGAUGGCGGUGAAGAAAGUGGAGAUGGAGAUCCAAACAUGUCAAUGAAUUUGCUUACGGUUGCUGGUACAGGCAAUGCUGCGUUUCUUGAUGAACUCCUGAAAGCAAGGCUUGACCCUGAUAUCAGUGACUCAAAAGGAAGAACCCCAUUGCACAUUGCAGCAUCGAAAGGGCAUGAAGAAUGUGUUUUGGUUCUUCUAAAACAUGCAUGCAACAUACAUCUUAGAGAUGUGGACGGCAAUACAGCAUUAUGGGAUGCCAUAGCCUCAAACUAUCAUUCAAUAUUUCGUAUCCUUUUCCAUUGGGCUUCCAUUUCCGACCCGUUUACAGCUGGUGAGCUCUUGUGCACAGCAGCAAAGAGAAAUGACGUAUCAGUGAUGAAGGGCCUCUUGAAGCACGGUCUGCCUGUAGACUCGAAAGACCACCAUGGAUCAACAGCUAUCCAAAUAGCAGUAUCUGAAAACAACAUAGAAAUGGUAAAGCUUCUUGUGAUGAAUGGUGCUGAUGUGAAUGAUCACACUAUCAAGACCAAGAUCCCUGCAGAGAGUUUGAUAGAUUUAGUUGCAAAGAGAGAGGUCGGGCACCGUAUUAUGAUGCCAGAUCAAGAGCCGAUGAUGGAAAAAAUCGAUCUUGUGGAAAAGGAUACUUUAGGAAACUUGAAUGGAAAAUUUGUUGGUAGAGUUAGUAUUUACAAAGGGCUGCCUAUGGUAAGAAAGAAGAAUGGUUGCACAGAGGCAGGGAAACUUAUUAUGAUGCCAAGUUCACUAAUGGCACUAAAGAUCAUUGCAGGUGAAAAGUUUGGAUUUGAUGCAACAAAUGCAGUGGUUACGGAUGAAGAUGGUGCAGAGAUCGACUCCAUUGAAGUGAUUAGAGAUAAUGACAAACUUUUUAUAGGAGACGUCCGUUAAGGUUUAUCUAAAUACAUUUGGAUAAAAAUGCCACGGAUUUUUCUAGGUACAAGUUAGAUAUAUAUAUAUAGGUGAAUGUUUCUAAUCUGGUAUUCUAUAUCGGAGAAAUCCAUUGAUGUUUGCACACUACGGGACAUAUUGUAACAACUGCGUUUGGACAUGUUUCGAAUGCUUGGAUAUAAACUAAGUAAUGAAAGUAAAGUUGCAUAAA